UCUCUUCGGGAAGGGCGGAGAUUGAAGACGAAGUUCCGAUUGGGUUGUCACGACCUCCGGAGUUCGAGCAGCCGAACGCAGCUUGUUCGUAACGCGCAAUGCCCUUGUUGUGAAUCUCGCGAGUCGGAAACAAUCCAACACACGUUGUUUGAAUGCGAGGCCUUUGAGGAAGAACGGCAGGCAUUUCUUGCGAGAUUAUACUCGGUUUGCCCCCCGGCACGGCGAUUGACCGAUGAGGGCCGAUGUCGCUUGGUCAUGGGGGACGAGUUACCCCGGGAGAUUGAAAUUCCGUUGUAUAGAUACCUUAUUGCUAUUUCGAGGCUCCGGUUGGGCAUCCUGACCGAGCAGGGAGAAGGCUCCUAG